CGGCAGCAGGGAAUCUCUGCUGCCCUGUCCUGAGCCUGCUAUCCCGCCGCCCCGCCUCUCUCCCUCCCCUCCCCCCCCCAUCCACUUUCUGCUCUGAACCACCAGCAUCCCUCCCUCCCUCCUCUCUGCAGAUAGCCAGCAAUGUCGGACCCCAACCCCGGCCGACGGUGUGUCCUCCAGUUCUGCUUCUUGAUAUUGUGCUCAAUGGACCUGGCCAGUGCAAAGAAACUCAAGGUCCAAUCCAAGCGGUGUGACUUGAAGACCAAAUUCAUGGUCAACACCCAGUGUACAUCCUGUGCAGCAUCCAAGACUCAGCCCUGUCCCACCGGCUGGAUGAAGGACACCAGAGGCAGAGGGGAACAGGGUUGCAGUUACACAGUGAAUUUGGGCGAGACUACCAUCUCACUAUCGGGCUGCAACCAUCUGUGUCGGAAGGAGUUUACAGAGAAAAGCUGCUGCCCUGGAUUCUGGGGCUCUGAGUGUUACGAGUGCCCGGGGGGUGCACAGAACCCUUGCUCUGGCCAUGGCACCUGUCUAGAAGGGAUUACCCAGAAUGGAACCUGUCUGUGUGAGGAAGGGUUCACCGGCUUCACCUGCCAGGAGUGCCAAGAUGAGAAUAUGUUUGGUUCUGACUGCAAGUCAGUGUGCGACUGUCAGCAUGGACUUUGCAGUAAUGGCGUUGCCGGGGAUGGGAGCUGCCUCUGUUUUGCGGGAUACACGGGGCCUAGGUGUGACCAAGAGCUGCCGAUCUGCAAGGCCCUGAACUGCCCAGAGCAUUCUCAGUGCGUGAGCCAAGACCAGAAGAUCCCCAGCUGUAAAUGCUUGCCGGGCUAUCAGAUGCGGGGGGACAUCUGCCAAGCUCUGGACCCCUGCAGCUCUUCUCCCUGCUCCCCGUUUGCACUUUGCAAGGCUACUGGGGGCCAAAGGUACACCUGCACCUGCAAGGCUGGUUACCAGGGAGAUGGAAAGAUUUGCCAGGGCCUGGACCCGUGCACUGUCAACUACGGCGGCUGUCCCAGCAACUCCACUAUUUGUGUGUACAGAUCUCCGGGGAAGUCAACAUGUGUCUGUAAGUCAGGGACGUACAGUCCCAGCGGCAAUGCCCUGGCCGGUUGCCUCCCAUCCUCCUCCUCCUCCACCUGCCGCUCCUAUUACUGCGACAGGUCAGCCACGUGUCAAGUGAACUCGGAUGGGAAGGUCAGCUGUGUCUGCAAAGAAGGGGAAAUCGGAAACGGACGUUCGUGCUACGGACAUGUGCUCAAGGAAGUGGAGAAGUUGAAUAGCCAGGGCCGAUUUUAUCGGAAGCUGCAGGCGGCACACUCCAUGCUGGAAAAGGGCUGCAGGGAUGUGCUGACCAAGUCCGGACCCAUCACCGUGCUGGUCCCGACUUCAUACUGGUACCUGAAGAGCAACUCCAAUGAGACAAUUCCGUGGCAGCUCUGCAGGCUGCACAUCAUCCCAGGCCUGCAUCUGCUGGAGGAGAUGUCCUCCGGGCAGAGUCAGACUCUGUGGACGCUGGCUGGGGAGCCGCUGACCCUCACAGCUCCUGUCAGGAGUUCCGUAAGGAGUUCCCUCAGUGGCUUCACGUAUAAGUACGAGGACCAACCCAAUCAGUUGUUCACCAUCACGCAGGCCGACUUGCCUGCCUCCAAUGGCUACAUCCACAUUGUCAACAGCAUCCGCAGCACCCCCUACUUGGGCGUUCAGGGAGACCCUCAGAAAACCAUUGCAGAGAUCCUGGCUUCAAUGGAGGUUUUCAGCCGAUUUGAGACGAUACUUGAGAAUUGUGGCCUGCCCACCAUCCUAGAUGGCCCGGGUCCCUUCACUGUGUUUUCCCCAAGCAACAAAGGAGUGGACAGCCUGAGAGAUGGUCGGCUCAUCUACCUCUUCACCAAGGGUUUGAACAAAUUACAAGAGCUGGUGAAGCAUCAUAUCUACAGUGCUGCUGCAGUGACCACUGACAAGCUGAUCACCAUGCCACGGUUCCUGACCACAGCCAACCAGAUCGUGGCCGUCAAUGUCUCCGAUGACGGUCGCAUCCUCCUGGGGGAUUCACGGGUCCCUCUCAGAAGCACGGACAUCUUGGCCUCCAAUGGUAUCAUCCACAUCCUGGACGGUGUCCUCUUGCCCCCAUCCAUCCUGCCCAUCCUGCCACACCGCUGCAACAGGGAACAGCUCAAGAUCGUCUCGGGCUCCUGUGUGGACUGCCAGGCCCUGAACAGCAGCGUCUGCCCACCCAACAGCGUGCAAUUGGACGAUCUCCCCAAAGAAUGUGUUUAUGUCCACGAUCCCUUGGGCUUGAACCUGCUGAAGAAGGGUUGUGCCCGCUACUGCAACCAGACCAUUUCGAACCCUGACUGCUGUAAAGGCUUCUUUGGUCCUGACUGCACCCCGUGCCCUGGUGGCUUUACUACCCCGUGCUAUGGCAGAGGCAACUGCAGUGACGGGAUCCAAGGCAACGGGAACUGCUUGUGCUUCAAAGACUUCAAAGGCAUCGCAUGCCACAUCUGCUCCAACCCCAACCGGCAUGGGGAGCGGUGCCAGGAAGAGUGUGGCUGUAAGCACGGCAUCUGUGACAACCGCCCAGGCAGCGGAGGUGUGUGCCAGACGGGGACAUGUAAGCCAGGCUUCACGGGGGUCUUCUGUAAUGAGACCAUCCUGCACUGCGGACCCUCCGGCCUGACCCAGUACUGUCACAGCAAUGCACUUUGUGUCACCGUCCUCAACCAAGCCAGAUGUUCCUGUCUCCCUGGCUUUGAGGGCGAUGGAUUCUCCUGCAACCCUGUCAACCUAUGCACUAAGCCAGAGAGAGGCGGCUGCUCAGAAAACGCUGACUGCAUCCCUGUGGAGGGCAAGCAUCCACUGUGUCGGUGCCACAGAGGCUGGACAGGGGACGGUAAAGUCUGCGUUGCCAUCGACAACUGUGUGCUGCAGAGCCGGGGCGGGUGCCACGCUGAUGCUGACUGCAGCUACGUGGGGCCUGGACAGAACGAGUGCAUGUGCAAAAGGGGCUUCGCAGGAGAUGGGUUUGAGUGCAGCGCCAUCGACCCGUGCAGGGCGGGCAACGGAGGCUGCCAUGGGCUGGCAACCUGCAAGUCCCUGGGGCAAGGGCAACGUGAGUGUAAGUGUCCCAGGGGCUACGCUGGAGAUGGACUCAGCUGCUACAGGGACAUCCUAGGGGAGCUGGAAAGGAAUUCCCACUUCGGUGCCUUCUAUGAGUGGAUUAAGGAAUCAGGUUUCUCCAUCCUCCCCGAAGCCCGAGUUACAGCCCUGGUGCCUUCCGAAGCUGCCGUCAGGAGCCUGAGCCGGGAGGAGGAGGUCAUGUGGCUGCAACCUCACAUCCUACCCUUCCUAGUCAGAUCUCAUUUUCUCAACGAGUCUCUCACCGAGGCGCAGCUACGACAGCGUGGGGGCCAGAAGCUGCCCACCAUGAAUUCACCCACGUACUGGGAGAUAAACAACAGUAGAGGGAAAAUCACCAUUCAGAACGUGAGCCUGGAGGUGGCCGAUCUCCCCGCCACCAACGGCAUCAUGCACAUCCUCACCAAGGUCUUGUUCCCACCCCUGGGAGAUGUUCCAGCCCCCCGCCCAGGACUGCGGGAACAGUUGGAGGCUGUCCCGUCCUUCAGUCGUUUUAAAUGGUUGCUCGAGUAUUACCAGAUCCUGGCCAAGCUCGAAGCUGCCAACUCCUUCACAGUCUUCGUGCCCACAAACCAAUCAGUAGAAGAAUAUGAACGCAGUGCCAACCAGAAAUCCCUGGAUGCCAACACAGUCAAAUAUCAUGUCAUCCUUGGGGAGACUCUGACCCCUUCAGACCUGCGGAGUGGCGUCCACAAGAACUCCAUGCUGGGCCCUGCCUACUGGCUCAUGUUCUAUAACAUCAACAACCAGACCGAGGUGAACCACGUGCCAGUGAGUGGUCCGUUCCUGGAGAUUCGGAAUGGAGUGGUGAUUGGGGUGUCCAGCGUGCUGACUGUUCACAAGAACCGUUGCCCCAGCACCAAAAUCACAGCCAUAAAGAAUAAAUGUGGAAUUUGCAACUCGAGACGUCGCUGCCCCUCCGGCUUCAAACUGCAGGAGAAACCCCAAGAGAGGUGUACUUUGACGUCUUGGGGAAAUUCUGGGCCAAGCUGUUUGUUUUCCUGUGUGAAGACCAAAGAGGUACCCGAGUGCUGUGAGGGUUACUAUGGGCUGAUGUGUGAACCCUGCCCCGGGAGGCCAGGGGCCUGGUGUUCUGGCAACGGACAGUGCCAAGGUGGCAUUUGGGGCAAGGGGGAAUGUCGGUGCCGUGAAGGCUUCCAUGGCACAGCUUGCGAGGUGUGCGAACUAGGGCGCUAUGGACCUGACUGUGCCAGAGUGUGUAACUGUGGCAGCCACGGACAGUGCCAAGAUGGGCUGCAUGGGGAUGGAAGAUGCAUCUGUAAGGUGGGCUGGAUAGGCCCCCGCUGUGACCAAGAAAUCAAGAAUGACUUAUGCAACAACACCUGUCACCCCUUUGCCAACUGCGUGAAUGGGACUGCCGUUGCCCUGGGCUCCUGCGUCUGCUCUGCGGGAUACAUGGGAAAUGGAAUCCACUGCUCAGAGAUCGACCCAUGUGCCAGCUACCACGGGGGCUGCUCUCCGCAUGCAAACUGCACCAAAGUGGCUCCUGGAGAGCGAAUUUGCAGCUGCACAGAGGGCUACUCCGGGGACGGGGAGCUGUGUCUCGAAAUCGACGGCUGUCUGAACCACAACGGGGGCUGCCACGCCCAGGCCGAAUGUGUCCGCACAGGGCCCAACCAGGUGGCCUGCAACUGCUUACCCGACUUCUUCGGCGACGGCAUCCAGAGCUGCGAGCCCAUCAACCCCUGUGCCAAGAACAACGGAGGGUGCAGCCUCUCAGCAGUGUGUAACAGCACUGGCGUGGGUGAGCGGACGUGCACCUGCAGCAGGAACACUGUAGGCGAUGGCAUCACUUGCAGGACCAGUAUUGCCUUGGAGCUGCUUCGAGAAAAAGGUGCCUCUUUCUUCUCCCAAUACAUCCUGGAAUUCCAGGAGCUGGUGGGGGAAGGGCCCUACACAGUAUUUGUUCCUCACGAGAUGGUGCUGAAGAACACGACCAAGUCAGAGGCCCGGGUGAUCCAGGUGCACCGGAAGCUACUGUUCCGCUACCAUGUGGUAGGUUGCCGACAGCUGCUGUCCAGCGACCUGCAGGAACUGCAACAUGUCACCACCCUGUCAGGCCAUACGCUCAGCAUCACGGAGAGGGAGGGAACCUUAUUCAUCAAUGAGUUUGCAAAGAUAAUCACCAGCGACCAGGUGGGAGUGAAUGGCGUCUUCCAUUUCAUCGAUGAGGUGCUGCUGCCACCCGAAGUUGUGAACUGGAACAAUGAGACUGAGCCUGCAGAGAAAAGCAUCAUGCAGGCUGCAGAGAGCUUUGGCUACACGAUCUUCAGCAAGAUGCUCGCGAAGGCUGGCCUGUUGUCCCUGGUCAACAUAGCAGCCCACCAGCCCUACACGAUGCUCUGGCCCACGGAUGCCGCGUUCAACGCCCUCCCACCCGAGCAGCAGGUUUGGCUGAAUCACACAGAACACAGGGACAAGCUGGCCUAUCUACUCAAGGCUCACAUGAUUCGGGAUAUCAAGGCUCUGGCCUCUGACCUGCCACUUCUCGGCCAGCUCCGGACCAUGUAUGGCUCCACCAUCUCCUUCUCCUGCAGCAAAACCAGGGUGGGUGACAUCCUGACUGCCGAUGGGGACGCGCGGCUUGUGCAGCGACACAUGGAGUUCUCAGGUGGCAUUGCCUAUGGCAUCGACCGACUGCUGGAGCCGCCCGGCCUGGGGGCCCGCUGUGACCACUACGUCAUCCAGGACUUGCCGGAGUAUAAAAUUAGCUGUAGCCCAUGUGGCCUGGAGCUACCUUGUCCCGUUGGAUCCAAAGAAAGGCGUGGGGUGGAGAGAUGUUGGCACGCCGCAAAUUACUGGGGGAUCUCCAGCUUGGUUCGGUGGCCUAACCCAUUCAUCGGCCGGUUCCACUACCCGAACCAUGGCUUGGGGGGCUGCCGGAAGCGCUGCAUGAUCAGCGCUUGGAAGAUGCAGUGUUGCAAGAACCACUAUGGCCCAGACUGCCAGGUGUGCCCUGGGGGGCUGGAGGCCCCCUGCAACCACCAGGGCUCAUGCCAGGAUGGAAUGAGUGGGACAGGAUCUUGUCUGUGCAACCCUGGCUUCACUGGUGUCGCCUGUGAGCUCUGCGUCCCGGGCAGAUUUGGGGCCCAGUGCAAAGAGUGCAACUGCAGUGCACAUGGCCGCUGUGACGAUGGCGUGUCUGGCUCCGGCUUCUGCUUCUGCAGUGAGGGCUGGAGUGGGGUCCACUGCGAGACCAGGCUGGAGGAGAUUCCCACCUGCUCCCCGCCCUGUGACCUUCACGCCGUGUGCAGACCUGGCAACAUCUGUGAAUGCGACCUGUUCUAUGAAGGCGACGGCUGGAACUGUUCAGUGGUCGAUAGAUGCCGGGGCGGGCAUUGUAGCCCUCACGCCACUUGCAGCCAGACGGGCCUGGAUGUCAACUGCACUUGCCUCCCCGACUACCAGGGAGAUGGUAAGGUCUGCAGCCCCCGGGACCGCUGCGCGGACGGCAGGAACGGGGACUGCAGUGAGCAUGCUGACUGCAUCGGCACCGGCCCCAACACGCGGCGCUGUCAGUGCAGAGCAGGCUACGUGGGCAAUGGGGUGCAGUGCCUGGAGGAGGCCACGCCACCCAACGACCGCUGCCUGGACACUCCCGGACCCUGCCACUCUGAGGCCAUCUGCAGUGACCUGCACUUCCAGGAGAAGACGGCUGGCGUGUUCCACCUUCAGUCAUCUGCAGGGAAAUACAACCUCACCUACAGUGAGGCGGCCAGCCGUUGUGCAGCCCAGGGAGCCCAACUUGCCUCCCUGUCCCAGCUCUCGGCUGCCCAGCAGCUGGGAUUCCAUCUGUGCUUGGUGGGCUGGCUCGUCAAUGGUUCCGCCGGCUAUGCCACCAGCUACCCCAGUCCCAACUGUGGCAAUAACCACGUGGGCAUCGUCAACUAUGGGGUGCGUGCCAAUCUCUUGGAGCGCUGGGAUGCUUACUGCUACCGCCUGCAGGAUGUAGAGUGCCGCUGUCGGGACGGCUUCGUGGGCGAUGGGAAUUUCUGCAACGGGAAGCUGCUGGAUGUACUGGCAGACAAUGCCAACUACUCCAUCUUCUAUUCGAUGCUGCUGGAUUAUGCCAACAUGAGCCGGGAGGGCCUGGACUUUUUUGACUUCCUGUCAGAUGAGCUGACCUACAAGACACUCUUUGUGCCCCUGAACAGUGGCUUUGGGGACAACAUGACUUUGAGCUGGAAGGACCUGGAGCUUCACGCCAGUAACAUCACUUUCCUGAGCCUGAACCUCACCCAUGGCACCAUUCUCCCUUCCCACUCUGAAGGGCACAGCCUCUUCAUUGGAGAUGGCUCUACUGGGAACAGUUCCGUUCCACUGGGUGCCAGGGUGGUAAACAUCAGCUCUGUUGUGGAGUGGGACAUCGUCACCUUCAACGGGAUCAUCCAUUCCAUUGAGAGCCCCAUGACCUUGCCGCUGGAGCCUGUGACGGCUGCUGCUGCUGUGACAUCCUCCCAGCCUGUGGCCGUUGGGGUGACGGCUGGAAUGAUGGUGGCACUGGUGCUCAUUCUGGCGGGCGGAGCAGCCUAUUUCCACUUCAAGAUAAAGAAGCAAGGGUUCCAGUUUCACUAUUUCAAGGCUGAAGAAGAAGCGGACGAUGACUUCUCCCCAUGGCAGGAGGGAAGUAACCCCCCUCUGAUCACCAUCCCUAACCCCAUCUUCGGAGGACACAACACCUUCUAUGAACCCUUUGAUGACUCAUUCCCAGAGGAGGAUUUCUCCGACUCCCACAGAAUCCUUGGGGAUGAAUGACCCAUGUGGAAGCUGACACCUGGGAGGAAGAACCCUACAUCAGUCCAACAUGGGGUUUGGCAGGGCCUGAAGGAUUUUGAAACUGUCACAUACCUCAUUUACACUACCUUCCCGCUUCCUCUCCCCCGCCCCACCAAUCCCCAAGACAGGGAGGGCCUCCAAUUCCCUCAGCCUUAUCACUAAUCAAAAGUAAGUACUCUGGAGGACCAAAUGGUGGAUUUCCUUGCAACAGUUUAGAACUCUCUCCACUGGGAUUGGGAACUAAGCACAUAUACACUCCCCCUUCCCUACCCACACCCCCUGUUGCUCUUGCAUGUUUUCCUCUCUAAUACUCCACUCUAUUUCCCUUGGCAUAAACGCCUCCAAGAUCAGGUGCUGGAGUUGGGUCUCUACAGAGAACCGUCUCCCCUGCUUGGUAGGAGAACCAGGCCCCGGCCAUGAAGUGUGCUGGUGCAGUAGGGUUCUGAAUUGAUGCUAUUCAUCCCCCCCUGCCCCAGCUGCCCCUUUCUGACUGCUUCUCACAUACUUUAAGAGAAAAGCCAACAUUCCCCCAUGAAGCCAUUUUCCAGAAGGGGCAGGGCAGGGCUAGGGUCCCUAUGCUUCGACACAGGAUGUGCCUGAAAGGAGAUCCAGUAUUUCCCCCCUCAGAAGAGCCACAGACUGAGUCCCCCGCAACUGGCUCCCCUGGUUGGGAGGCCAGCUGGCUGGCUCAGGCUGCCACUGACGGGGCUCUGCUCCACCCAGCCUCACUCUGGAUGGGGGAUGGCUCUAGCAAGAAAGAAAACUGGCACAUGCAGAAGACAGACCUUUAUUUCUCUAUUGUAAAUGAAUUCCCCAAGCCACACAUAUUCUCAAGAUAAGGACAGACCCAAUGGCAUGAAACAAAGCUGGGCCCAGAGGCUAACCCUGCCCUGGGCAUGCCUACCGAUUGACAGAAGCCCAGAGGGUGCCGGAUGUUGGCUGGUUGGGCCCCUGGCUUUCUAGAAGGAUAGCAGCUUUUCUGAAAAAGGGUGGGGUGUGUGUGUGUGUGUGUGUGUGUGUGUGUGUGUGUGUGAGACAGCACACCUGUCUGUACACAGCAGCUAAAUUGGGAACACAAUGGGGCUAGAGCCAGAACUGAAGGGGGAGUUGAGGAGUUAGUUGAGUUUGCCCUUUUAUAAUUUUCAACUCCAUAUCGUCAGAGAGUUCCCAUUGCCUCCAGGGAACAGGACCAGAUAUGGGUACAGAGAGCUCUUGACCCGCUGCUCCAUUAAUUAGUACACUUUGCUCAAUUCGUUCUUUUCAGACUUUCAUUAAAAGUCACUAUUUCUACCACCAA